AUGUGCAAGUUUAAGGGGGAACAGGAGGAACCAGAACCUCCACAGAUCAAAGAGGAACCAGAAGAACCAGGACUUCUACAGUUUAAAGGGGAACAGGAGGAACCAGAACCUCCACAGAUUGAGAAGAACAAGGAACUCAGUAUCAGCCAGGAGGGAGAGCAGCUCAUACUGAAGUUACCAAGUAGAUUAAAUUUGAUUCCAGAGCAAAGUGACCUGAGUGAACCAGAAGAAGUUCCAGACCCUCAGCAGAUCCUCUCUCAGGACUCUAAAGUCCAUGAUGUGAAAAAUCAUACUGGCGAGAAGCCAUAUUCUUGUGAAACAUGUGGGAGAAGUUUCAUUCGACGUUUUUCUUUGACCCGUCACAUCAAAAGUCACUCUGGUGAGAGAUUGUAUACUUGUGAAACAUGUGGGAGAAGUUUCAAGCACCAAAAUGAUUUGUUGACCCACAAGAGAACUCACACAGGUGAGAAGCCAUUCUCUUGUGAAACAUGUGGCAAAAAUUUCAAUCGACGGAGUAAUCUUAUGGCCCACAAGAGAACUCACACAGGUGAGAAGCCUUAUUCUUGUGAAAUAUGUGGCAAAUGUUUCACUCAGAAAAGUUAUUGUUUGAUCCACGAGAGAUCUCACACAGGUGAGGAGCACUAUGCUUGUGAAACAUGUGGCAAAUGUUACAGGAACAAAUAUUCUUUGUCUGCCCACAAGAAAAUUCACACAGGUGAUACGGCGUAUUCUUGUGAAACGUGUGGAAAACGUUUCAGUCAGAAAAGUCAUUGUUUGGUCCACAAGAGAACUCACACAGGUGAGAAGCCGUAUUCUUGUGAAACAUGUGGAAAACGUUUCAAUGAUAACUAUUAUUUGUCUGUCCACAAGAGAACUCACACAGGUGAGAAGCCAUAUUCUUGUGAAACAUGUGGAAAAAGUUUCAGUCAGAAAAGUGUUUUUUUGAUCCACAAGAAAACUCACACAGGUGAGAAGCCGUUCUCUUGUGAAACAUGUGGCAAAAGUUUCAUUCAACGGAGUAAUCUUGUGGUCCACAAGAGAACUCACACAGGUGAGAAGCCGUAUUCUUGUGAAGCAUGUGGAAAAAGUUUCAGUCAGAAAAGUGUUUUUUUGAUCCACAAGAGAACUCACACAGGUGAGAAGCCGUACAUCUCCUACCCCGGGUGCCUGGUCCUCCAACAGGCUCAGCUGCGGUUGCUGUGCAGGCGGCAUACGCCUCCUUCCCUCGGCUUCCAUGCUGCCAUUGCUCUGGCCUGCUGCGUGCGCGCAGCACUGCGGUCAGGCAGGCAACGGGACGUGGUGGCUCUCACAGUGGUGUUACCUGUGGAGCCCCCCUACAGGGGCCACGACUGCUGUCCCAGUUGCCGUGGUCCUGUUUAUCUCAGGGAAGCGCGGUCCGACGACCCGUGCAUGGGCUGUGGCUACAUGCCCUAUGCGCGGCAGACUACUGGGCUGGCGCAGAUCUCUUCUGCUGCUGGGAGUGAGCGCCCCGAAAACUCUCGGGGUGACCUGUGGGGGCGGGGGGUUCCACAUGGGGCACUUUGGUUCACUGUGGGGGACUUUGUCCCCAAACCUUUCCGGAAGCCUCCCGACCGGGCUUGGGGGGUGGGAGACUACGCCCCCUUCCCUUUUGGGAUGUUUUUUUCCAAUUUGGAACACUUUGGACGGGAUCCGCAGGAGUGCGCCCCAGAGCGAAUCGGGGCAUUCGGGGUGUCGUGGGAAGCUACCGUGUAG